AUGUUGCCCAACACUCAAGCACUGUCAACGAUUAGUUUUAUGGGCAAACUUGAACCGCCCAAGCCGGUCACAUGGGCUCCCUUAACGUUGACCAAUCUGGUCACACUGUAUCCCUCGUCGACAGAUUUUCCAAAGGAUCUGCUCGAUGGAGCGCUCAAAGCUGGACCAAGCAUGUCCCACUACAGCGGACGCAUUGUGGAUGACAUACUGGAGGAGAUAUUUGCCGAGCGUCGUGGUCUUUUCCCGGAAACCUCCUCAUCUUGUAAGCUUGAUGAACCCCCAAAGCGUUCCCCGGAGCUCCAUGUGGAUAAGCGACUCAAGUACUGGCGACAGAUGCUCGCAAAGCGACAGAAGUUGCAGCAACGAGUUCAAUGCCAAACCGGCAAGACUCCAGACCAGAUGCUAUUCAAUCGACGCUCCACAUUCGACAAUCGCAACAAGGAGACCGUACUGCGAGUCCUAGAUUAUGCGGAUCGCAUGUCAGCCGAGAAACUAUCGCUGAAGCCAGUGAAUACCUUGAAAGACGCUGUUGAUCCCAACACUUGCGAGAUCUUGGAAGGAGCAGAUGAGACCUGGCCAGAGGCAGAACAAGACGGCUACAAAGAUGUGGAAAUCAUUGGCAUACCCAAGGUGGUACAGCAGGAGCUGAUGGGAGAGCAGGCUGUUCCAGAGCAGCUACCACAUGGCUGGAUGAAGUCACGUGUGCUGGAGGAACGCAUUGUGGAGCGUUUUGAUGAUAUUCGCGAUGUGGUCGAGUUCUUUCCCGAUCUCGACAAGUUGCAGGUAACAGGCACAAAUGUUGAGAAGCUAAAAAAACAGCCGUACUCAGCUUUUCUUGAGGAGGAGCAGCUCAUUGACAUAAGCACGAGCAACCCAUUAACCGGUUCUGAGGAGUACUUGGACGAACCAAAUUACCUUGAGUCUGAUUCACUCAGCAUACUCAAUAUACCAGAAAUUGGACUUAAGAUCAAUGGCAAGGAUUACAUUCCCUGUGAUAAGCCACUUAACGAUUGCUUCGAGGUACUCACCAAGUUCAAAUGCGAUCCCUUUCAACGCCGCAUUAAGCACAUCCUGCAGCUGACCAACAUUGGCAGACAGACCUUGUCCUUCAACUGGCAACAGGGUGUCUAUUUCUACAACAAAGCCACCCUGCUGCUGGCCAAGGACAACGAGUUUCACUUUGACACGGACAGCUUCCGCUUGACACACGGCCAGAGCUACAACCUGGUUGUGAUGUAUCAGCCCCGCAAGGUCAGCAUGGCCACGGAACUGUGGCGUCUUCACAUUGAACCCAAGAUCAUCUGCGGCAACAAAGAAUCGCUCCAGCUGCGCUUUCAUGGCUGCUGCACAGCUCCAAAGGAGUACACGGCCAAGCUACAGGAACUGCACUGUGCGGUCAUAUGUAAAUCGAACCUGGACGAGAUGAACAGUUUGAUGCACCAACAGGCUGCGCUGGUGCCUCUAAUUGAGCCACCUUUGACCUGCUGUGCCUACGAACGUACUUUAGAUGAACGCGAGCUGUUCAGCUCGCUGAAUCCCGGCUACAAUUGCGUCCGGUUCGAUGAUCUGGAGGUCUUUAAGGGCAUGCACAAGCACCUGAAGAAGCCGCGUGAACCUCAGUGGGAUCUACGUCUGGAGACCAUCAAGCUGCUCAUCAUGCGUAUUCCGAGUUUAGAGACACGCAAGAAAAUGUUUGCCAAUUUUAUGGUGAUUUCGGAACCGCUUCUGGGAACCGCUCCCAACUUGGAGUUAACGGGACAACUGGAGGUGCAAAAGCAACGCACUAGAUUUAUUUAUGUGCGUGGAGUCAUUUGCAACGGCAUAGAGGAGUGGGAGGACCUUAUGUUUACCAUCGAAGAGUCUUUCUACAAGUCGGAGUUACAGCAAUACUUUAUGAACCAGUUGGUGGACGAAGAGGAAGAAGAGAACGACUCAGAAGCAAAAAUUGGCAUCUUUACAGGGUUCAGCAACAAUACAGAAGAAGAUGAAAACAAUUUGGGGGAGAAGAUCGCGGCCGAAGUUUUGAAAAGUCUCCAUCAUUCCAAGUACUUUCGUGAUGCCCUCUAUAUACAAACUUAUUCGCAUCUUUGCAAUAUUGCUGAGAAUAUUGUUUCGGUUAUUGAAAGCACUGAAGAUGUGCCCAAUUGAUAGACUGAUCAAUUGAGUUGUUCAUUUUAAUUUAAAUUAACUGUCUGUUGAAAACUUCAAUGAAAAAUAAGAUUUUUUAAAAAUA